AUGUCUGCGUGGAGAAAAGCUGGUUUGACUUACAACAACUACAUUGCCAUUGCGGCCAAAGCCGUGCGUGAUUCUUUGAAAACUGAGCUACAAACUGCUCAAGUUUUGGCAAGGUCCAAAACAGAAGUCAGAUUCACUCAAUACCAGAACGGAGAAGCGACUGCGGAUCCAGCUCCAUUGAAAAACUAG